CCAGCAGCGAAGCCGGUGCGGCGUCUGCCAUUUUGUGAGGAGCUCCGAAACGGUGCACGGCGGAGCCGGAGUCCCAGUCAAAACCAUGUUGCCGGUCUGUUCAUUAGUUUUCUCUACACAGACUCUGCUCAGACAUCAGGCUCCCGUGUGCGAACCUGAGAACUGAACCGCAGGUUCGGGGGACGGGGGGGGAAAGCUCGAGCGCCAAAGCUCAUUCGGAGCUGUGCUCUCCGCCAUUUUGGACGCGCAGCGGGUGUGUGAAGUGACUUUGUGCGGAAUCAAAAAAGCCGCGACGGCGUUGGUUCGGGAGGGCUCGGACUCGGUUUCUGUUCGGUGCUAAAACUGCCCUCCCCCCUGUAAUGAGCGGCCGCGCGCGACGCCGGUGAAGCCGCAGUGCGCAGGAGCGGAAGUGAGGGAGCUUGUUUUGGGAGACGCAGAUACAGAGGUCGAGACGGGCUGUUGGUCCAUGGUUCCUGCAUUCUCCCUCGUUGGAACUCAAAAUGAGAAUGAUCUUGGACUGUACAUGUCUGCAGUAUGCUCCAUUCCCAGUUUCUCCAGUUUGUUAAACCUUUAGCUGAGCACACGUCUAUAGUCCUGGGUGCUAUAUGGUGUUUUAUAGUAAGUGCUUAAAAACUUAACUUGACAUGAAGAUGGAAGCAGUAGAGAAGGCAGAGUUCUCUUCCCAGGAUGGUCUGGAGGAAACUGAGGCUUCAUCAAAAGGUAUUGAUACAAAAUCCGGUGACACCUGCAAGGAAGAUGAUGGGUCAUUUCCAAAAGAGACAACAGCCAAAUUGACAAAAGAGAACAGUGAACGUUCUUUGAAAAUAAGUGGCCUGUCUGUGGAGCCUUGCUUGUUAAUGGAACUUGGGCAAGACUCUUCUGAAUCUCAGCUUCCAUCUGCAGACAGUGAUAAACAAACAGCUGGCCGUACCUAUGAUAGUGACUCUUCUAAUCAGUGCAUGGUUUCCCCUUCAUCCAGUGGUCAUUUGGCAGACUCUGACACACUUUCAUCUGUAGAAGAGAAUGAGGCACCCCAGACAAAUGUGGCCGUGGAAGAGGAUCCUUCUGGAGGGUCUGGUCCUUCAAUCGGCAGAAAAUCACGGCGAUCUAGGUCUGAGAGUGAAACGUCAACCAUGGCUCCCAAAAAGAACCGUUCUUCAAAUGACAAGCAGAACGGCCGUGUAUCAAAGGUUAGAACCCAGAAACAAAAGGAACGGAUACGAUUGCUACGGCAGAAACGUGAAGCAGCAGCUCGGAAGAAGUAUACGUUGCUGCAGGACAGCAGUACAAGUGAUAGCGACUUGACAUGUGAUUCCAGCACAAGUUCAUCAGAGGACGAAGUUUCUGGAAAUGGCAACAGGACGAUUAGUGCAGAGAUUCCAGGUCCACCUUUUCCAAGGUCACAGUCUUCUCAAGCCACUUCCUGCAGGCAGCUCCACGUCACUCACCAGCACGAGUUUCCUCUACCUUACUCUGUCCAAUCACAACCAACCCUGAGCGCCCAAGUGACUUCAUGGCACCAGGCCACCACUUCUUCUCUACCACUGCACCAGACUUUGACAAGCCCCCAGUUCCAAGACCUGCCUGCCUUCUUACCUCAGCCACUACGCCAGCAAUAUCUCCUGCACCAGCAGGGAAGGCCGCUGGCAUUCCCCAGGCGGACACAGGAAAGGACACCUCCUUACCCUCACCGCCUUCGGGCAGCCUUUGACUUCACCAACCAUUCUGCUUUGGGAGUGGGAACGCAGUCCAGGUACCUGACUGAAGGCACUGAAUGGGACAUCAGUGCAGAGGCUGGACUACCUCACGUUCAAUACCAGUUCCUUCCAGUGCACCGUCUGCACCACUACCUAGCAACACCCAGGAUACAUCACAUAUCCAGAAGUAUGUCUUCCAGCUCAGUGAUCAUUCCAGAGGUAAGGAAUUAUUCUUAUCCACAUCUUCAGCUGCUUACGCUCCAAGGAUUGAAUGCGGGACAACAGAUUCCAGCUGUCAGAGAAAGUUAUGAGGAGCUGUUGCAGUUAGAGGACAGGCUCGGGACUGUGAGCCGGGGGAGCAUGCAGAAUAUGAUUGAGAGAUGCACCUUGCCACACAAAUACAGGAAGAGAAUACAACAGGAUAUCAAAGAAGGUAAAAAGGAAGAAGAAGAAAUGGACUUAGAUGAGAAAUGUACGAUUUGCCUCUGUAUGUUGGAGGAGGGAGAAGAUGUCAGGCGCCUCCCUUGCAUGCACCUGUUCCACCAAGUCUGCGUCGACCAGUGGCUGGCCACCAGCAAGAAGUGUCCAAUCUGCCGUGUGGACAUCCAAGCACAGCUCUUUCCAGACAGCUGAUUGGACAAGCAAAUGGGACACAAUUCCACAAGAAAGGAAAUCAAGCUCCUCCCACAAUAUGUGGGGUGGAACUCAGCCUUGUCACCAUGCUUUGCCUUUUUAAAUGAUGUAUUUUGGAACUGAUGUAACCUAAAUCAAGCUGCAGCAACCCAUAUUAAUGGGGGUUUUAGUCACUUUGCAAUAGAGAAUAGAAAUAUAGACCACUAAAUCUUCGGAGCUGGUACUCCCAGAGGACAGUGAAAUUUAUCUUUCGUAUUAGAACCUUUAUUAUAAUUAUUAUUGGACUGAAGUGUUUGUAAAUUGAAUUGCUCAAUAAUUCUCAAUGUUAUAAAGAGCUUCUUGUAGAAUCUCUUUCUCAUGUACUGGAAUUGUCCAUUCUCGGCUCAGCCACUUCAGCCCCAUUGUUGUGAAUCAUACACUUUCUAUCCUAGUGAAAGCUUGAAUAUCUGAUGGUAAUGCAGCCUACAGUGAGGACAUACUUAAACAUACUUCACAUAAAGAUUGGAAGAAAUGUUUUUCCCUCCACAAUAAUGGACUGUGUGAAAUACUAUUUGAGCUAAAGUAGUUAAUUCUGUGUUAGCCUACACCU